CCGACACCGAACCUCUCCCCAAGACACACUGGGCUGCUAGCCUAUCCUUUGAAAACAGCUCCCUCUUUACACCCAAGGUGUUUUUAAAGGACCACAAUGUUCAGCUUCCUGGCCUGUGUAGUCUUGCUUGUAAGAAUCAUCACUGCUAGGCCCACAGAGAAGGCAAGUUCUGUCCCACAGGGAGAUGUGAAGGCCCUGUUCCAGUUGGUUAAGCAGAAUGUCUGGGAGGAAAACAUCAACCUUACCAGCCUGCCUUGUGAGGAACUGAGGACCCAGAUACCAACCACCUUGCACAUGCAAAAUCAACAUCUAACUUCCUUCCCUGAAUGUCUGCCAGAGCUUCUGGAACAUCUGGAUUUGAGUGUCAAUCUUUUGCCAGAAUUAAAUAGCCAAGAUGUGGCUUAUCUGCCCAAGCUGCAAGUCCUCUCCCUGAGACAGAAUCAGAUCCAUAGGGUGAUAUGGGGGACUGGAAGUCUCAGCAGUCUUCAGUUGGUGGAUCUGAGCUUCAAUUUGCUCUCAGCUGUACCUGCCUGCAUUACUUCUUUGGACAAUCUGAGGUGGUUAUCGCUAGCAGGAAACCCUAUCAGAGAAAUCCAGCCUUUUGCCUUCUCCUGCUAUCCUCAGCUGCAUUUCCUGAACCUGUCAUCCACAUGGCUGGGAAAAGAUGGGAAAGUGGGAAUUCGGGAAUCUGCUUUUGCAAUUAACUUAUUCCAUGACCAAGAUUCCAUUGAAGACACCAGAAAAGCUACUAUCGGUGUGCUUGACCUCAGUGCAACCUUCCUGGAGAGGAUUCAUGAGGAUUGGAUCAAAGAUCUGCCACAGCUCACCUCCUUCUACCUAACACAAAUGCCCAGGCUAAGAAGACUGGAUCCAGCUGUCUUCCGCGAUGUGCCCAUGCUAAGAGAACUUAACUGCCAAGAUUCUCAUGCACUAAGUCUAGUGGAAACUGAGUCAUUCCACCACAUGCCUCAUGUGGCCUUCCUAAUAUUUAAAAAUUGUAACUUGAGCUCCUUCAGCCCAUGGAAUCUUACUUCAUCGCACGCCCUUUCUGUCAACCUCUAUGGAAAUCCUUUGGUUUGUCAUUGUUCAAUUUCUUGGUUGGUCUCGAACCCAGACACAGUAGUUCUACAGAGGGCAUCAGAAACCAUGUGCUAUUUUUCUCCAGAAGAGAAAGAAACAUCUUCAACUAUGCUGUUAUCCAAACUCUAUGAUGAGUGUCAAGCUCAGACAACCACUCAUUCAGCCUCAUCUUUUGCUCAAGGCAAAGUUUACCACACCUCUACCAGCAUCAUUACAGGUACAUUGCCCAAUUCCAGUACAUUGCCUCAAAAGUCCCUCAGCGAUUCUUUCACCCUGCAGAGUACACCUUUUACCUGGGGAGAUCUUACAAGGAAGGAUCCAGGCAAGGCAGACAUUCUUGCUUACAAAGAGCAAGCAGUUCAUAGAUCUACUGACCACCCAUUGAUUGUUGCACCUCUUACUACAGCUUUCUCAUCAAUCCUGGGGAAACUCUCUACUGAGCAACCUUUAGUGAGUACAACCGAAUUGAAUGAAAGGAAACAAAAUACCACAACACUGCACCAGUCUGGUUUACACAGUUUUACAACUGAAGUGACAGCAACACCUUCUUCUGAAGUUCCCAGUGAUUUGUUUAUUCCACACAGUAUAACAGAUUCAAAUCAGAACAAUCUAUCUCUUCAGGAUCCCACCAAGUCUACCUCCCUUCCAAAUCUUGCAUCUACUAAUAGUCCACCAGAUUAUACAGAUGACUAUGACUAUGAAAACCAGCAAGUGGGAUCUGUAGCCCAGACUCUCAGUCUUUGUGAUUAUGAUCCAUGUAGGCAUCUUCAGAAGCCUUGCGUUGACCUCCAGAAGUUGUCUUCCUGCUUGUGCCCAGGCAUGUCUGAUGAAUUCACCAUCCCAGAUCCACCAAGAUUUCAUGAAGUAUCUGAAAUGAGGGACACUUCAGCCCAGAUCCACUGGUGUUCCCCAAAUUCUGCAGUAAGAUUCUACCAGCUUGCCUAUCGUCCUAAAGGCAGCAAGAAGAAUUACACAAAUUCUGGAGAGAUUUAUGCCACCGCUAGGCAGUAUACUCUGUAUAAUCUUCUGCCCGGUUCCACCUACCAGGUAUGUAUAAUUGCUUGGAACAAGGCAGGAUCAAGCCAAACGACAGGCCGGAAUAAGCGUAAUACUCCAUGCAGCACCUUUGUAACAAAGUCCAGCUACCUAUCUAUCUUUGCUGCCCUAUGUGCAACAAGUGGGGUCUUUCUCAUGGCUACCAUAUUAUUGUCAGUGUGUCUCUGCAAAAAAUGUAAGACACCACACAUUGAGCAAUAUAACACACACCUAGUGUCUUAUAAAAAUCCUGCUUUUGAUUAUUCUAUAAAAUAAGUAAUGAGAUUGGCAGAUAUAGGCCAUUGUUAUAAACUGUUUACCCAUUGUGAUGAUUUCUUUUCCUGUUCCUCCUCCUCCUCCUCCUAUUUUUUUUCCAAAAAGUUAGAAGUUUUUUAAUUGUUUGCUUUAGCAUUGUUUUCUCCUUGUGAAAUUUCCUCUCCAAUUGAAGCAAUCAGAAAAUAUUUUUUUCAGUAUUUAAAACUCUGCAAAAAGUAUCAUACGGCUACAAAAAAUCUUCAAAAUUGGGACUGUAUUUUUAGGAGGAGAAAAGACUUAAAUUCAGCAUUUUAUCCAGUUAGCAGAAGCACCUGACUUGCCAGCAGGAAUGAGAAACUGAUUUUUCCCCAUCCUCUUGAAGCCCCCAUUGCCAUCAUGCCUGCUGUUCUGGAGAUUCCCUCAAUCCUCCAGAGUGGAUUUGACGGGAGACUGUUUGGUGAUGGUUGGCCCAGAUCCAUUGGAUAUGAAAAUUUUCAUGGACAAAAAAAAACAUUUCUCUCUAUUGAAGGCCCUUGAUUGGAUUGAUUUUUCAGGAUAACUUUGUAUGAGUAUCAGACUGUUACAAUGCUGGAGUGGUAAGGGUCAUCCAAGGACAUAAAAAUACCACCUAUGCUUCACAUUGCAUGGAAUCCAAGAACCUUCAUCCCUUCCCAUCUUUCUCUGUUAGUGUCAGGCUGGAUGUUCUAGCUGGCUAUUUCUGCUAUGGAAAGUGCCUCCUAACUCCAUAUCUAUAUAUCCAACUAUACUUCCUUCUCCCCACAGAGGCUAUGUUUUUGAGCAGUUCCAUCUAAGCACACUCCCACGGGAGGAUGGGAUAGCAUUGUGAAAAUGUAUGUCAACAGUGCUUCCGACCUGAGGAAGAAGUGGUCAGUCUAAUUUUAAUGGCUGAAGAAGAAAUUGUUCCUUUCACUGGGAAGCAUUAAUAUCCCAAAGCUCAGCUCAUUUACUGCUUUCGCCUCUUAAACUAGCUCUGUUUAAGUAAACAGGGAAAAGAAAAACUCAGCCCCUCCUUUUCCCUCGUUUUAGCCUUCCUGUGGAGCUGAUUUCCUGGUCUGGUCUACCUGGUGGGGCUGAUAUGAGGCAAUGAAAAGCACUACCCUAAGCAUCCCACUUGAACAGUAGAGCAAACUAGUUGGUUUAGUUAGUUGCAUCCCGACUUACACAAUCACCUUCACAUAAAUUUUUGAAGGAGAAGAGAGGAGGCCUGGAAUUCCUAUACUAUAAGAAUUCUCCCAUAUUAAGGGCAUAUUUUGGGAAAAUCUAGUCUUCAUUUUAGAUUAGAAAUAAGUCUCAUUGUUUUCAGUGGGGCUUACCCUUAAGUGUACAAAACAUUCUAGAAAAAGGCAUGAAAUCUGAGCACUUUGCUCAGGAACCAUGUCACAUUAAACUUCCAAAUAAGUAUGUUUAGGUUUAUGCUGUAAGAAUAAUUUCUUUACAGAAAUCUCUUAAAAGUCAGAAUGUUUAUCUUCAACAGAUUUUAUUUCUGCAUAUGAUUUCUGCCUUAACUUCCAGGGUGAGCCAGAAAUGUUGGAGUUGUUAGUCCUCCCACCACAGGGUUAAUAAUUUUUAAAACCCUGAGUUCUUUUUUAAAAAAGAAAAAGUAGCACCCCAACUUUUGCCAUGCUUGUUUAAACUUGUUUUCUUAAGCUCCAAAUGAAAUUCUUUCAUCUGCUUACUGCAAGAAGUAAAUGCAUAUACAAAGUUGCCUUCAAACUAGAAUGUAUUAGUCGUGGCCUUUAUUAAAAGAUCAGUUGUGUAUCUUGUUAUUUUCACUCAAUUUAUGUACUUUUGUCGGUGAUAAAAUAUUAAAUAUUUUACAUCCUAAUACAUUUGUUCCUUGCACAUUUCAGACAUGAAGGAAUCUUUCUGUUAAAUCUGCACAACUUAUAGGAAAAUAAUACAAAAGUUUGGAGAUUUUAAACAUUCAGUGUCUAUACAAUCCAUGUGUAUUCAUACAAACUGAUUUAACUUAUUCUACCCGGACUAUCCUAAAAACAUUGGUCACACAGAGCACUUAUAGUAAUUCAUGUUCACGAAUAAGAUCUUAAAUAUCAGACUAUUUUCUCAUUAUUUCAAGUAUCUAUUUGUUUCAUUUGGUAUGGAAAGUGCCAUGUCAAUGAGAGUUGGAACAGAUGAUAACCAGGUGAUUGACAGAUAAUUCUAGCAUGAAAAUGAAGAAUCAAAAUAAGAAAGACAAUGCAGUUAGUCCCUAGGCAGCAUAGAGAAAUUAAUUUUCCCGCAUACAUGCAAUUCCAGCUGCUAGAAGACAGCGGGAUGGAAUAGAGAACAUUGUGAACAACUGUGAACAUGAAGUCAGACAGCUCCUCUGUCGGGAAUUUUAAUCAGCAUGUGCUCUUACAUAUUUUAAAUAUAACUUUUUCCUGGCCAAGUGCCACUAAUGGCAUGCCAAGGACUACAUACCUAAAAAGAUUGGGAGCCAAGGCAAAACUAAAUGGUUUUAUUGCCAGUUAAAUUGAAGUAAAAUAUGCAUCAUGAAUACAAAAGACACUUACCAUUGGAAAUAUCACUUUUGUUAUCAUUUAGAGGUCUGGCUAAAGAGACAGGCCUUAAAUGUAUAGGACAAGGCUGCCUCCUAAGAAGGUGGGGUCUCUGAACAGCAAAGCAUCUUAGAAAGGGCCUCCCCUGCAGAUUUUAACAUGAGAGACAGUCCCUCGAACAGUCAGGCAUAAAGCCAUUUAAGGCCUUAAAUGUUAACAUCCUCUCCUUAACAGCUUAAAGUCUUUUUGAUGUGAGCUUCCUGGGAUGUGGUCAUUGUUCACCACUGAGCAGCCUACCCAAAACCUCCUGCAUCUUGACUAUGACAAUGGGAUGGAGGCUAUUGCAGCACCAGCAGCAGAAGCAGCAGCUGUCAUGCUGGAACAGGGUACAUACAACACAAUUAGACAUACUGAAGUCGUUUAAAGGAUUUAUUUUGAAAGUGCAAAGGCAAUGACUGCAGACAAACGUGCAUAUCUAUUCAUUUUCAAACUUCUUGAAUUUUGGGAUAGGCAACAUUUAUGCUUAUGAGGUUGAAAGAAUAUACUCUGUGGUUCUAUAGGAUAUCACCUUCUAUUUUGUCUUGAUGAAGUAGGGGAAAGAGUUUUACACUGCAAUACAAUCAGAUUGCAGCAGCCUGAUUGUACAUAAACUAUCAAAAAUAUUUUCAGUGUAUAAACUUUAUAAAAUUUAGAUAUAUAAAAUGUACUUUAAAAAUAUCCUAUAAUGUGUAGAAUAUCCCACCCAUUUCCACUCUCACCCUUCAUUUUUGCAGUAAAACCACUUCUACUGAAAUAGCAAUUAAAUACAACAUUUUCAAAUUCAUUUUCAGUUUAGCAAGCACUUUUAUAUUCAAGUAAUUGCUUACCACUUACAAAAUAUAUUACUUGUUUGCGCAUAUUUAAGUGUGUCUGUUCAGAUUCUGUAACAUUUCAAACAGGUCAUUUUUUUUUUAAAAUGAGUCUACAAUUCUGCCAUUGUGGCAAACUGGAGCUAAAGUUGCACAAUUCUUAUCUUUUGUUCUGGUUCCUGUACUUCAUCAAACAGGCAAAAUAUUAAUAUCACAUAUACAGUAGCUCAAGACUUUGUCCUUAACUUUCUUUGUCUUAACACACACUUGAUAUCUGCAUUCCUUAAUUAACAUGGAGGCUGAAUUUGUUUACUCUGCUUUUUCUCAUAGAAACCUCAACAUCCUAUACAUGUCAGCCAGAUCAUACUAAGAAGGGCCUUCCUUAUUCGACUUUUAUAAUCUGUUUUCUCAGGUCUCUGGUAUUAUGGCAAAAGAUAGCUGUCAGACACCAGUACCUGCUUACCACGCUGAUACAGAUGAGAAGUAUUAGCUCUUGCAUAAAGUUUUUCCAAAGAAACAGUGUAAAUCCAUGUUAGUUAUCCAAAGCCAUGAUGUUUUCGCUUCUACUGACAAAUAACGCAUUAGAAAAGUUGCUACAGCAGUGUUUCUCAACCUGGACUUCAACUCAAUGCUGGCUGGGGAAUUCUGGGCGUUGAACUCUACUCACCUUAAAGUUGCUAAGGUUGAGAAAUACUGUGCUACAGUCUCAAAAUAGACUCUGGUCGCUCUUCAGAUUGUAUUAAUCUUUCACCUUUCUACAGUCUUAAAAUAGUUUGGUGAAUUAAAAGAUUGCACAUACUGUAUAUAGGCCAACUUCCCAUAUUAAGUAUUUUACACUUAUGAAAAUCUUUACAGUGUUAAAAUGAUAAUAUGCAUCCAUUUUGUUGCACUCCUUAAAAGCCUGUAAAAUAGGCCAGGACUGAGAUCCUACAAGCAGAACUAAGAAACCAGAAUCAAAUCAUCUGUUUCAUAGCACAUCUGGUUACCAACUUUGUCACAUAAGCUAUGUCCUUAUUGCAACAUUGUUAACUAUGAUGCUGGCCCUAUUCAGAGAACAUUUUAAUCUCAGCCCCUUACAAAGCUGCCUUGGAAAAUCAACCAUUUGGUUAUCAACUUUUGCACCAGCAUACUUGUAUAUUUAUUUAUUGGUCAUCUUUCAAGACAAUAGUCUAACAAAACAGUGUUAACACAUCACUGGCACAGUUAAAGCAGCCCUUUCCUAAAUAUAGUAUGCCCUAAAAUUAGGCUAAGAAGCAAGUGACCCAAGUUUAUCUUAAACGGCCAUUGUGACCAUAUAUGACAUUUAAAUCAGAAGACAUGUAAUUCUACUUUAAGCAUAUGAAGGAUUGUGAAAUUCAUAGCUAUAUUCUGUAGAAUUUACUGCCCGCUCUAUUACAUUUACCUGUUGUAGUAACAGGUUGCACCAUCGAUCAGACUGCAUCUUAAAUACACUAAAACUCAACUGAACUCUGCUUAUAUCAAUUAUUUCAUAUUUCAUAUAACUGUUUCUACU